AUGCGGCCCCACCGGGCGCUACUCGCCCUCGCUUCGAUCGCCGCGGUCGUGGCGGCGUCGUGCCUAUCCACCGCGGCCGCGUCCCCGGACCCCUCGUUGACCGACCUCCUCACGGGCGCGGACGAGACGUUCCGCGAGGAAGCGCUCGUGCGUCCGCUGCGCGACGGGCGCGUCGCGCUCGUCGCGUCGUUCGAGCAGACCGCGCCGCUCUCGAAGCUGCGCUUCGUGACGUUCCCGAACGAGAUCGCCGCGAUCGUGCGCGCGGCGCAGGUCGCGGACAUGGAGCUGUCGUUCACGCGGGUGCGUCGCGGAUCGUUCGCGCUCGCGCGCUUCCCGCGGGAUCCCGUCCACCACCCCUCUGGCGUUCGUCGCUCAUCGUCCCCACCACCUCCCUCGUCGCGCACACAGGGCCGGUGGGACUACCGCCGGUGGGGCCGCCCUCCCGUGGGCGCGAAGCCGAUCGGCGCGGAGCUCAUCGCGUCGUUCUUCGGCGACGACGACCCCGCGGAGCUCCGCGGGAGAUGGGAAAACGUCACGACGAUGUUAGGCGGCGUGUUUUGCGCGUCGCUGUCGCGGAUGCAAGAGGCCGCGGAAGCGAAAACGGCACCGAAACUGGCGUUUCACCAAUGGGACGGCGGUCCGGACGCGACCGCCAGCGCGCGCCCGAUCACGCACGCGUCGUUGCCCGCGGAGGCGGUGUGCACGGAGAACUUAUCCCCGUGGUUGAAGCUGUUGCCGUGCCGCGACGACGCGGGCGUCGCGGCGACGCUUCGGUCGCGCGCGGCGCUCUUCGGGUCCGGCUACGUCUCCUUCUCCGUCCGCGCGAGGGUCGUCGCGCGCGUCUCGACGAGGAUAUCGCCGGGAGAGUGGGGGAUAGAGCUCACGCAGCGCCUCACGACCGUGCUCGAGCCGGGGUGGACGGAGGGGCCCGACGCGAGGGGCCCGGGCUGGACGCUGAGCGAGCUAACGCGCGUCGGCGAGACGCUCGGUCGCCCGGGCCUCCCUCCCGCGUGCGCCGCCGCGAAUAGCAGCUCUUUGCACGUGGAGACGAUAUCGGACGCGGGCGCGCACGCCGCGGAGGCGCACGUCGUCGACGCGAACGAGAACGCGCGCGGUGGUGGUGGUGGUGAUGGGGGGGACUUCGCGACGCCGGCGAUCUCCGCGGCUCGAUCCGGAUCCGGCGACGGCGCGCCGACGACGAAGUCGUUCGACCUCGCGCGCGUCCGCGACGGGACGCGGUACGACGUGACCGUGCGCGCGAUGGACGCGCCGAGCCUUCCGCGGGGCGACGCCUGGAGAGAGACGAUGCGCGCGGCGAACACGCCGGAGUUGUACGCGGAGAGGAUCAUCACCGGGAGCGGGUACCACCGCGGAGGGAUGACCGUCGAGCUCAGACGGCCUUCUCGUCGCGCGGCGGCGGGCGCCACGGCGACGCGAGCGAGAGUGCUUCAGGUGCUUCCGUGGUACGUCCGCGCGUUCGUGCACACGCUCGUCGUGGAGAUCGACGGCGUGCCCGUCCCGCUGCCGAGCGGACGAAGACGAAGGGACGACGACGAGGACGACGACGCGCGCGGCGUCGUGGAGGGGCUGCGGUGGGUCCCCGCGAUCGACCGCGCGCGACCGUCGUCGACGGAGCUUCAACUUUUGAUCCCUUCAAACGCGACCGUCGCGCGCGUGAGCAUCGGUUUCGAGAAGGCGUUUCUUCACACGGACGAGUUCCCCCCGGACGCGAACAGAGGGUUCGACAUCCCCGCGGCGGUGAUCACGUUGCCGCCGCCGAGGACGCGAACGCGGGUCCGCGGGAGCGACGGCGGCGACGGCGGCGACGGCGGCGAGCGGUCGCCGCUGCUCGACGCCGUCGCGCGGCGCGGGGAAUGGAACGCCGCGGAGGUGAUGUACACGGACGGGUCGUUGCUUCCGUGGCCUACGCCUGACUUCUCCAUGCCGUUUAACAUCAUCACGAUGACGUCCACGGUCAUGGCGCUGUUAUCCGGUCUGAUGAUGAGGGAGUUGACCGCGCGGCACGGGUGGAGGACGGGCGAACGCGCGAAGAACACGCGGCGGGCGCGAAGAGAACGCGAGGCGAAAAAAAUGGCGAAGAGGGCGGCGCUCUUGAGACGAUUGAGAGCGUGCGCGAUAUCGUGA